AUGCCUGGCUCACCUGAGAGAGAAUACCUGCGGCAAUUGACUAGCGUAGAUGCUCUGCACGAGCUGGAUUCCAGGUUGGAAUCUUGGACUGAGGAGGACCCUUACUUCCAGGAGAAUCGAUUUCCUCCUCCUCCUACCGACCUGCCAGUUCAACGAAACGGGGUUCCCAGGGAGUUUGACUGGGGUCGUUAUGCCGUGUCGCUCGAGCGCUCUCGCCAGCGUCGUGAGGAUACACUAGAGAAAACCAGAGCGAUCGUUCGGCGUGACAACCCCUUACGAGACAUCCAUUCGGGACUAUCUAAGCGUCGUGGAUAUCUACUGCAUGACGAGUUUGAAGACGAUGACUUUCAAGAAGACUUACGAUACAAUGCUGUUGCCGAGGGCAUACGACGAACACAUUCUGCAAGGCAACGUCGUUUGGAUCUGCUGGACGACGACUUCCAGGAACUCUCUCAAGCGGGAGAAGUACUGGAGCGAAGAGAACGAGAAAAGCAUGCUUCGUCAUUGAAGCGCGAUGAAGAGGAUCUUUCUCAAUUCGCAGAAGCUCUAGAACGAAGAGAAGAUGAAAAGCGUGCGGCAAGACUCGCCUAUAUACGAGGUACUUCAGGCUUCAUGGUAGGAGAGCGACAUGAAGAUGUACCGGAUGCAGUGGACAGUUACGUUGCAGACCCUCCGCUGCCCAUGUCGCAGAAGACAAAGGACACACAAACCAUGGACGAUAUGUCCUUCCUAUCCGCAGUCGAGAACGGCAAGGCCACCCUCACCAUUAAAGACCCGCACACACAAAAGACCACUGUACUCAAGAACAUCGAUCUGACCACAGUGGAACUGAUUGCACCAAUCCUAGCAUUCAGCUUCGAAGAAUCCAGAAACGGACCAAAAUACACAAUCGAGGAUAUCUCCCUGACAGCAGUACUCAGCAUGCUACGACACAUCUACACCUUUGAACACUACGUCCCAACCGACUGCCUCCACGAUCAAAUGUCCGUCCUCCUGCACGUCGAAAUCUUCCACCUAGCCACAAUCUACGACAUCGCAAGUCUAAAAACGAUGGUCAAAGCACGUAUUUUCCUCGAAUUGGAACUCUCAACCAGCUACCCAGGUCCACCACAAGAUCUCUGCAAAGCACUCGCCUAUGUAUACAAGGACCUGCCCAAUGAAAAUGACAUUUCAAAAACACUGGCACAUUACUGCAUCACUUGCUUUUUGCAGCAUAGACUCAACGAAGAUGAAUUGUUUACAACUUUUCAUUACAAUUGCCGACCCUUUCAACGCGAUCUGGUCACCAUCCUACGCGAAAACAGAUUCGAGGAUGAGAGCGCACCCACGCUGAUACAACUUCCCGUAAAGACCACCGAUCUGCCUACCCGUUGGCCAGCCGUCUUUGACGCAGACCCCCAAGCCGGCUUUUUGGAAGACGAGUUUGACAAGGAGGUCAAGCGUCGCACAAACAUCUCACAGCUGGACAAGCUGAAAAUCCAUUUCCGUGUUACGCUACCCGUGAGAUGA